AUGCAGACCGACAAAGGCAGGAUCCGAUGGGAUCAGUGCAUCGGCGACAAGGGCACAAGCAUCCAGCGCAUCGUCGAGCUCAGAGAGGGUCGAACGGUUCUACAGCAACAGCGGCAGCAGCAGAGGCAGACCACGCACAGCGACGGUCCUGGGGUCGCGUCUUGCAGCGGUGAGCGAGACCGCGUGUGGAACCGAAAGGGGCAAUCGCGCGUUGUUCCCACUGGCAGCAGCAGCAGCAGCGUCCUCCACCCGCCCGCUCCGCAUCCUCGCCGGAAGCCACUCGCCCAGGCCACCUCGCCUCGCCCGCCGCCGCUUCUGAUGCAGCUCGGUGAACCGCGUCCUUCCUCUGUCCUCGCUCAGGCAGGCGACUGGCAGCCUCGCUCCCUCAUGGACCCCGGUCCCUCCUCGUCCUCGUCCUCGUCCUCGUCCGCCCCGCCCCCCUCCUCCUCCUUCCUCCCCUCCACAUCCCUAUCCCAGCGGAGGCGCUCCUCCGCCGCACACGCACCGCCCCCAGCGCCCCCGCCCACCCAGCCUAUACCCAGUGUACCCAUAAUCGAUACCACCCCCCCGGAUUCCCUCGACCGCCUCGCAGACUACGACGACGGCGCCACCUACAACGGCAUCGCAGCCUACAGCCCCUUCGUCCGCCCCGCCGUCUCCCCCGGCCUCGCCGCCGUCGCCGCCUUCUCCCAGGCCCGCCUCGCCGCCGCGUCCCAACCGGCCCCUCCAGCCCCGUACUACCACAAUGGCCUCGACUCCCCGCCCCACCACCCC